GGAGCCGCAGCCUGGGCGCCGCCGCCCUCCGCCGCCGCCAUGCCGUGGCCGUUUUCCGAGUCCAUCAAGAAGAGGGCCUGUCGCUACCUCCUGCAGAGGUACCUGGGCCACUUCCUGCAGGAGAAGCUGAGCCUGGAGCAGCUCAGCCUGGACCUGUACCAGGGCACCGGCUCCCUCGCGCAGGUGCCCUUGGACAAAUGGAGCCUCAAUGAAGUCUUGGAGUCGGCUGAUGCGCCUCUAGAAGUCACAGAAGGAUUCAUCCAGUCCAUCUCUCUGUCGGUGCCAUGGGGCUCCUUGCUGCAGGAUAACUGUGCCCUGGAAGUGAAGGGGUUAGAGAUGGUCUUCCGGCCGAGACCGCGCCUAGCAACUGGUUCUGAGCCCAUGUAUUGGUCAAGUUUCAUGACCAGCAGUAUGCAGUUGGCAAAAGAAUGUCUCAGCCAGAAACUAACCGAUGAACAAGGAGAAGGAUCCCAGCCUUUUGAAGGACUUGAAAAGUUUGCUGAAACCAUUGAAACAGUACUAAGAAGAGUGAAAGUCACUUUUAUAGACACUGUUUUGAGAAUUGAACACGUGCCAGAAAAUUCUAAAACUGGAACUGCACUUGAAAUUCGAAUAGAAAGAACUGUGUACUGUGAUGAAACUGCCGAUGAAUCCUCAGGAAUUAAUGUACAUCAGCCCACAGCUUUUGCUCACAAGUUGCUUCAGCUCUCUGGAGUAUCUCUCUUCUGGGAUGAGUUUUCUGCAUCAGCAAAAUCUUCCCCAGUGUGUUCAACAGCACCAGUGGAAACUGAGCCAAAGUUGUCACCUAGCUGGAACCCCAAAAUUGUUUAUGAGCCACACCCACAGUUAACUAGAAAUUUACCCGAGAUAGCACCCUCUGACCCAGUGCAGAUCGGAGGGCUAAUUGGUAGGUUGGAGUUAAGUCUCACAUUGAAACAGAAUGAAGUGCUUCCUGGAGCAAAGUUGGAUGUUGAUGGACAGAUAGACUCUAUUCAUCUGUUCCUGUCACCAAGACAGGUGCACUUGCUUUUGGAUAUGUUAGCAGCUAUUGCUGGACCAGAAAAUUCUAGCAAAAUAGGGUUAGCUAAUAAAGAUAGGAAAAAUCGACCUAUGCAGCAGGAAGACGAGUAUCGAAUUCAGAUGGAAUUAAACCGGUAUUAUUUGAGAAAAGAUUCCCUCUCUGUGGGUGUAUCUUCAGAGCAAAGCUUUUAUGAGACAGAAACGGCUCGUACACCAUCUAGCCGUGAAGAAGAAGUUUUCUUCUCCAUGGCUGAUAUGGACAUGUCUCAUAGCCUCUCUUCUCUUCCACCCCUUGGGGACCCCCCAAACAUGGACCUGGAGUUAUCAUUAACUAGUACUUACACGAAUACCCCAGCAGGAUCGCCAUUGAGUGCUACUGUGCUUCAGCCAACUUGGGGAGAAUUCCUUGAUCAUCGUAAAGAACAGCCAGUAAGAGGGUCGACGUUUCCGUCCAACCUUGUGCAUCCAGUGUCUUUACAGAAGGCUGCUCUUCCUUCUAGGUCUGUUUCGGUGGACGAAUCCAGGCCUGAGCUUAUUUUCAGACUGGCUGUGGGAGCUCUCUCAGUCUCCGUGCUUCACAUUGAUCCUCUGUCUCCACCGGAGACGGCCUCAAACCUUAACCCCUUGACAUCCAUGGCGAUAGCUUUCUUCGCUUGUAUAGAAAAGAUCGAUCCAGAAAGAUUUUCAACAGAGGACUUGAAGUCCUUCCGAGCAGUGUUUGCAGAAGCUUGUUCACACGAUCACCUUCGGUUUAUAGGUACUGGAAUCAAAAUAUCCUAUGAACAAAGACAAAGAUCAGCUUCCCGUUAUUUUAGUACUGAUGUUUCCAUUGGGCAAAUGGAGUUUUUGGAGUGCCUGUUUCCCAGUGAUUUUCAUUCUGUUCCCCCUCACUAUACAGAGCUUUUAACGUUCCGUUCCAAGGAAGGCUCUGACGCCCGUGGCCUUGCGUGUCUUCAGCUUCACUACAGGCACUGUGAGCCUCGGGGACCCCAGGGUAGUCAAGCAAGGCUUAGUUCAGUUCCUCAGAAGGCAGAAUUACAAAUUAAAUUAAAUCCAGUAUGUUGUGAACUGGAUAUCAGUAUUGUGGACAGGUUAAAUUCCUUGCUUCAACCACAAAAACUUACUACGGUAGAAAUGAUGGCAUCUCACAUGUAUACUUCAUACAAUAAACAUAUUAGUCUGCACAAGGCUUUUACUGAAGUGUUUCUAGAUGACUCACAUAACCCUGCAGACUGUCGGAUAUCCGUGCAAGUUGCCACACCAGCACUAAAUCUUUCUGUUCGCUUCCCAAUACCUGAUCUUCGAUCAGAUCAAGAAAGAGGCCCGUGGUUUAAGAAGUCUCUUCAGAAGGAGAUCCUUCACUUAGCAUUCACAGAUCUAGAAUUUAAGACGGAAUUUAUAGGAGGAUCAGCUCCAGAACAAAUUAAAUUGGAACUUACCUUUAGAGAACUCUUUGGCUCGUUCCAGGAAGAGAAAGGAGAACCAUGUGUCCAGUUUCUCCAGGUGUCUAGUGGGGUGGAUGGAGACACAGCGUCAGCAGAUGACUUUGACUGGCCACGAAUAGUAUUGAAAAUCAGUCCACCUGCCAUGCAUUCCAUUUUGGAGAGAAUAGCAGCUGAGGAAGAAGAAGAGCAUGAUGGUCACUACCAGGAGGAAGAGGAGGGAGGCGCACAUUCCCUGAAAGAUGUCUGUGAUCUGAGGAGACCCGCCCCGUCUCCUUUCUCUUCUCGGAGAGUGAUGUUUGAAAACGAGCAGAUGGUGAUGCCUGGAGACCCUGUAGAAAUGGCAGAGUUUCAGGACAAAGCCAUCAGCAGUUCUCACUACGUGCUGGAGCUGGCGUUCCCAAACAUUCACAUGGCACUGCCUAGUAAAGGCUUUUAUGAGAAGCUUUAUAACAGGGUCUUUAAUGACUUGCUACUGUGGGAACCCACAGCUCCUUCACCGGUAGAGACAUUUGAAAAUCUUUCCUAUGGUGUUGGGCUUUCAGUGGCCAGCCAGCUGAUUAAUACCUUCAACAAAGAUAGUUUUAGUCCAUUUAAAUCAACAGUUCAUUAUGAUGAGGAAAGUGGAUCUGAGGAGGAGACUUUGCAGUAUUUUUCUACUAUUGAUCCCAACUAUCGUUCCCGUAGGAAAAAAAAACUCGACUCUCAAAACAAGAACUCACAGAGUUUUCUCUCAGUUCUUUUGAACAUUAAUCAUGGAUUAAUGGCGGUGUUCACAGAUGUAAAGCAAGAUAAUGGAGAUCUGUUGGAAAACAAGCAUGGUGAAUUCUGGUUAGAGUUCAAUAGUGGCUCAUUAUUUUGUGUGACGAAAUAUGAAGGUUUUGAUGACAAGCACUACGUUUGCCUUCAUUCUAACAGUUUCAGUCUGUACCACAAAGGUGUAGUGGAUGGAGUGAUUCUUCCCGCAGAAGCCCGCCUGCCCACUUCAGCCCGCCCGCACUGGUUGGAGCCUACCAUCUAUUGCUCUGAAGAAGAUGGCCUCAGUAGAACUGCCACGGAUGGGGUGGGGGGAGAGAAUCCGAAUAUGCUCUCAGUGGCGGUGAAAAUCCUGUGUGAUAAGUCAGAGUCCAACACCAAGGAAUGUCUCGUUGCUGUGGGACUGAGAGGAGCCACUCUGCAGCACGCGGUGCUCCCUGCUGGCCUCAGCUGGCACGAGCAGAUUUUAUACUUUUUGAAUAUUGCUGAUGAACCUGUUCUGGGAUAUAAUCCUCCAACCUCACUUACGACUUUUCAUGUUCAUCUCUGGAGCUGUGCACUUGAUUAUAGGCCACUUUAUUUGCCGAUCCGCUCUCUUCUUACCGUGGAGACAUUCAGCAUUUCCAGUAGUGUUGCAUUGGACAAAUCCUCUUCUACUCUCAGAAUAAUCUUGGAUGAAGCAGCUUUACAUCUGUCUGACAAAUGUAACGCUGUCGCUGUCAACCUGAGUAGAGAUUACGUGCGAGUGAUGGACAUGGGGCUUUUGGAAUUAACCAUAACUGCCGUCAAGUCCGAUUCUGAUGGAGAAUCUGAGUCCUGCUUUGAGCUGCACUGUUCCAGCGACGUUGUCCACGUCAGAACCUGCUCAGACUCCUGUGCAGCCUUGAUGAACCUCAUUCAGUACAUGGCGAGCUAUGGGGACCUGCACGCACCCAGCACGGCGGAAGUGAAGCCUGGAGCCCCUCAGAGAAAGUCAAAGGUAGAUUCUGGUGGCCGCUCAUCCUCCCGUGGUCCAGUGCUUCCUGAAGCAGAUCAGCAGAUCUUACGAGACCUGAUGAGUGAUGCUAUGGAGGAGAUCGAUAUACAGCAAGCCACUUCCUCUGGGAAACCGCAGGCCAAUGGUGUUUUGGAUGAAAUUUCUCAAAUCCAGGAGCCUUGCUGCUCCGACCUCUUCCUGUUUCCGGAUGAGAGUGGGAAUGUGUCCCAGGAGCCUGGUCCCACCUACACCGCGUUUACUCACCACUUGAUUGGUGAUGCAGUGACAGGUGCGCCCACUGAAAAUGAUGACUUUUGCAUCCUAUUUGCACCAAAAGCCGCCCUCCAGGAGAAGGAGGAAGAACCAGUGAUAAAGAUCAUGGUUGAUGACACAAUUGUGAUAAAAGACAAUUAUUUUAGCGUGCCUGUUAAGAAGACAGAUAGCAGCAAAGCCCCAUUGCACUUUCCACUCCCCGUAACUCGGUAUGUCGUUAAGGAAGUCUCUCUCGUCUGGCAUCUUUAUGGAGGAAAAGAUUUCGGAGCAGGACCCCCUACUUCUCCAGCAAAAAGUUAUGUGAGUCCGCACAGUUCACCUUCUCACACACCCACAAGACACGGCCGCAGUACAGCGUGUGGCGGGAAAGGAAGGAACCAUGACUUUUUAAUGGAAAUACAGUUAAGCAAGGUGAAGUUUCAGCACGAGGUCUACCCGCCCUGCAAACCCGAGUGCAGCCCCAGUCUCGCGGAGCACCCGGUCUCCCGGCAGGUGUUCGUCGUGCAGGACCUUGAAAUCCGAGACCGCCUGGCAGCGUCACAAAUGAACAAGUUCCUGUACCUUUACUGCAGCAAGGAGAUGCCUCGGAAAGCUCAUUCGAACAUGCUGACAAUCAAGGCCUUGCACGUGCGCCCGGAGUCUGGCAGGUCACCCCAGGAAUGCUGCCUGAGAGUGUCGCUGAUGCCGCUUCGCCUCAACAUCGACCAGGAUGCCUUAUUCUUCCUGAAGGAUUUCUUCACAAGUCUCUCUGCAGAAGUGGAGGUUCUCAUGACCCCGGACCCGGAAGUUAAAAAGUCUCCUGGAGCUGAUGUUACCUGCAGUUUGCCGAGGCAUUUGAGUACGUCAAAGGAGCCAGAUCUGGUUCUUUCUUCCCCCGAGCCCAAGCAGCCUCCCCUCAGCGACGGUGCCAGCCCCCUGCGAGAGGUUGAUGGGGCAGGAGAGGACUUCUCAGCGGAAGAGGCGUCCUCCGGUGGUCAGCCGGUGUUCUUCAGGGAAUUUCGAUUCACAUCGGAAGUUCCUAUUCGGCUUGAUUAUCAUGGCAAACAUGUAUCCAUGGAUCAGGGUACACUAGCGGGAAUUUUGAUUGGCCUGGCUCAGUUGAACUGCUCUGAGCUGAAGCUGAAGAGGCUCUUCUAUCGGCAUGGUUUGCUAGGUGUUGACAAGUUGUUCUCAUAUGCAGUCACUGAGUGGCUUAAUGACAUUAAGAAGAACCAGUUACCGGGAAUCCUGGGAGGUGUGGGGCCUCUGCACUCACUGGUACAGUUAGUGCAAGGCCUAAAGGACUUGGUCUGGCUGCCGAUCGAGCAGUACCGGAAGGACGGUCGCAUCGUGCGAGGGUUCCAAAGGGGUGCUGCUUCCUUUGGUACCUCCACAGCGAUGGCCGCGCUAGAACUCACAAACAGAAUGGUUCAGACCAUACAGGCCGCGGCGGAGACUGCGUAUGACAUGGUGUCUCCUGGGACACUUUCUAUCGAGCCCAAGAAGACGAAAAGGUUUCCUCACCACCGCCUGGCCCGCCAGCCGGUAGACCUGCGGGAAGGUGUAGCCAAGGCCUACAGUGUUGUGAAGGAGGGAAUCGCCGACACAGCUCAGACCAUCUACGAGACGGCGGCUCGGGAACACGAGAGCAGGGGUGUUACUGGUGCCGUGGGCGAAGUCCUGCGCCAGAUCCCGCCAGCAGUGGUGAAACCUCUGAUCGUUGCCACAGAAGCGACAUCAAACGUUCUAGGUGGCAUGAGAAACCAGAUCCGACCGGAUGUGCGGCAGGAUGAAUCACAGAAGUGGCGCCACGGGGAAGACUGACUCCCAGCGUGACUCCCGGGGAGACCCCGAUGUGGCAACGCGCGCGUAGUGCCCCGACGGCAGCUUUAGAGGGACUCAUUUCAUUUUAUUGUGCUCAUCUCAGGAACAAAGGCAUUUUUUAGUUAAAUAAUUUAAUGUUGAAACAACAUGCAGCCAGAAGCUUUGGACGUUGUAGGGCUGGUUUGGUGCCGGCCUGCAGACACGCUCGGUGGCUGGUGUCAAAGGGCCUUGACGUGUUUGCUGCCAAGUUAGUGAAGUGCUUACAUCCAUUAAAAUAGCUGUACUUCCUGUUACAGACCAGAUCUCAUUGGAAACCUCCUUUUACAGCUCAGAAACAUUGUGGAGCACUUUUUUUGGGGGGGGGGGGGGGGCGGGGCACCUGUCGGGUCCAGGUCUCACCUCCCCACACCAAAGCAGUGGGAGGUGAGCUGCGGCCCCUGGUGGCUCUAGGCACAGAAUCUCACCCGCGGCCAUCGCCAAGGCCGGGGUGAUUUUCAACCAACACUGUUGGAGAGCACUCUUAAAACACUAUAGGUAGAGCUCUGGGGAGUUUUGCUCAUGGUUUAAGAAGAGUCACAGCCUCAACAGUUCCUUCAGAAAGAGAGACAAAGCCCCAGGGGAGCAGAGCGCAUAGGAUUGUCAGAAAUGCCGGCGAGAAGACGUGCCCGCUCGGUCGGAGUCCGCGUCCGUGCACUUAGAGCGGCGGCGCUCCUGUUGGCUCAGCCCUGCCGUUCUGCUGUUGCACUUUAUCCUGUGUGUGUGUGUGAGGUUCCCGCAAGUCACGUGCACUGUACUUUAUGUCAUUGACAAACUUACCUUGCAGCAUAAAGACGAGUGGACGCGGCUCGAGGUGACCUAAGUGGAACAGCUUCCCCCGCGUGUGUUCCGUCAUGGCCCGGGGCCCACGUAAUUGUGUAUACGUUCAACUUAAAGCAAGUGAGCGCAAGCUUGUUAGGAAUGUGUGGAACGGGAGAUGAGAAGUGGUUUGUACUCUUUUAAAAUGAAAUAAAAAUCCUCCAGCUAUGCCCUAGUCAGCUAUUUCACAGUACCAUUUUUACUUGGUUAACAAUGUACAUUUUGAUAACCUGUCAGGAAUGAAUAAAGUAUUUUUAUUUAAA